GGGCGCCCACUGGGCAAGCGCUGCGGCCAGGACUCCGGGAGGAGCGGAAAGUGAAAAAUGCCAAGACAUCAUCUGUGGAUAAGAGAGGAAACAAGAUUGUUGGGGGCCAUACAAAUAAUGAUUGGUCUGAAUAUUCACGGCGUGGGACUGCUCUGGACAUAUUUGUUUCUCUCACAAACUUCUGCAUUUGGAAAAUCAUAUCUUCCUCUCUCGACAGUAACAGGAUACCCAUAUUGGUCAUCUGCAUGUUUUAUAUUCUCAGGAGUCCUUGCAGUAAUAGUAGAGAAGAGGCGUUCAAUAUUCUUGCUUUCCUAUACCAUAACAGUGAACAUUCUAAGUGCCUGCAUUUCAGUGAUUGGUCUGCUUUUACUAUCACUUGAGUUUAUGAUAUAUAGUGUGAGUACACAUGCUCCUAUUUGGCCAGAGAGAAGUGGUAAAAUUCUUUCAGAAUAUCUGUUCCUAUUCACCUUCCUCGAGUUGUUUUUGACGUGUACAGUGGUCCAUUGGGGAUACAAAGCAAAAUAUCACAGAUAAUAAAGACGUGGUAUAUGGCAGAAGGGGAUCCUUUUCCUUCAUAUUAAAGAACCAUUAUGACCUCAGUCAAGGAGAAAAGUUUAGUGAUGAAUGAAGAACUUCAUUUUGUUCAAGAGGCUUCUUGGAAAAUGCAUUUUAAUUAAGUCCACCUCAGUAUUUCCUUUCCUCCAUUUCAUUAAUAAAAAUUUAAAUUGA